GCGUGUCGGUGCGCGCGGCUUUACCCACGCAAAAAUAAAUCAGUGAAAGUGAAAAAACAAUGCAAUACUUUGACCAACAAAACAAACUAAGUGUGUGUAAUUCUAGUGUAUGUAUGUUUGCUGACUCAAAAGUGCUAAAAGAGACACAUUAUUACUGGCUGCCGUUUUACGCUAUUAAGAAAACAAAAAUACAAUUAAACGCAUACUCGUACCGUAAAUCUACUCUCGUACUGUAAAUCUACAUACAAAACAUGUAAACAAAUUUCAUUGCGGCUACCACAGUGCCUGGGCCAGGCAUUUCCUACACAUUACUGUACGCGUACCAACACCACCUUCGCCUUCACCGGCUGUUGCUUUUGCUAUCGUUUUCUGCCUCUGCUGCUGGUAGAUGCCGUUACUGUUUGGCUGCCGACAGUCAAAUUUAGUGCACAGCUAGGCUAGACUUUUUGGGCAGAGACGUUUGCAGCGGCAGCAGCGUCAGUUUAUUGGAAAGAGAGGGCGCGGCGAACACGAGGGCCGGGCCGGCGUUAAAGUGCGCGAUGUGCUUAGACUGCAAAAAAACCCCGUUUUAAGCUUCGAUUUUUCAGUUCGGUUUAUUGCAUUAUUUAUGUAGUUUUCGCAGUCAACCACACGCACGCCAGCAAAUUAUGUGUAAACAAAACGACCAGGCGACAGAAAAAUAAAACGAAACGGUACACAAGCCGAUGGAUUUGAUACCCUUGUGAAGCUAUGGCCGACGACACGAACAUUGAGGCAGGGCCAACGCCAGCAGUGGGCGGAGAAGGAGCAGCAGGGAUCACCGAGAGCCCCAAAUUAGCAGAAAAGGAGGAGAAACAGGGGAAGAAGGUGGCAAAGGGGGAGCAGCAGUUGGGCGAGAUCUUGGUGUUGAAUGACACGCAAAUCGAUGUCUCAGUGGGACACACGAGUGUGCCCCAGGAGGAGGUAAACACGGGAAUGGCGAACACAAGGAACGAGGCCAACAGGCCAGCGCCCAUAGCUCGCAAUGAGGAAGAGGAGGAGGACAUCGACAUGGACAUGGACGAUGAGGAGGUGGCGGAGGAUCCGGAUCCAGUGGUGGCAACAAAUGCUAAUUAUGUGUGCUGUCAAUACCCAGCAACAAGCGGCAGCAACAGCAACAGCAACAGCCACAACAAUGCUGUGGCAACUUUGAACCGCGGCACAGCGCGGGUUCGCGAAUAUCUCAAGAAGUGCAGGCAACGCUUAACGGGUCAGCCGCAGCCGCAGCCACAGCCAAAGACUACAACUACAACUACAACUACGACGAUAAUAAUGAUCAGGAAUGAAGCUGCCACAGCCAUGGCAGAAGGGAAGGAGGAGUCGUUGGAGGAGGAUUGCUGUUCGGAUGAUGCCUCCUCCACAGCGUAUGCGGACACACAACCCAUUGACUGUAGUCUCAGGGCAGAGUCCCAGCAGCAGCAGCAGGCGGUCCACCAAGUGGAAAUGCAUCCCAUGCCCAUGCCCAUGCCUGGCGCUGGCGCUGCCGCUGACGUUGUUGUGGCUGAGAUGGUGGAGCAGCAAGAGGAUAUGGAUGUGGAUGUGGAAGUGGACGCCAUGCUGGCUCAACUGAUUGACAGCCAUCUGUCGCACAUUUAUCCCGUCUACUGGGCACGCACGCGUGCGAUAUUAAUCCAGCAGGCACGUGAGCGUCUCGACUGCGCCUUCGAUGGCAGCCUGCAACGCUUCGAGCAGCGUUUCCUAUGCAAAUUUGCACAAAUUGCCGCAGCACUGCGCGCCGCUCAUCAAAUUGGCGAGUCCUGGUUAUGGCACGCCGGCUGGCCUCUGGCAACACCCAAUGGAGCGCUGGUGCUGCAGCUGAGCGACGCUGAGAUCGUGCACGCACUACGUCCCGCAGAGCUUUAUCUGUGCAUCAAAUUGGAAGCCACAAGCGAGAUAAGCGACGACAACGCCGAGGCAGCCACACUACGGCUCUAUGCUGUUUGGCGCUCCACCCCGAACGUGGAGAGCGUCCAGAGAUAUUGCAUUGAUCACACGAGUCCCCUGAGCCUGCUCCAACUGGAGAUGUCCACGACGGCAGCCAUGAUGACAGCGGACGGCGGCGAGCUGCCGCAACUGUUGCAGAAUCUGCUGGUGAGCGUGGAGCGCAGCAUUGAGCGCGUGUCACUGAACGAGCUGCAGAUGCAGAUGCAGCUGCCACACGCUGGCGAGGAUAUGCCACUGGAUGAGGCCAACAAUAAUUGCAAUAAUGGGAACACGAAUGGGAAUCCUGCGAGCAGCAUUGCCGGCUCGCCCAAGUGUGCGCUGAGGCGCAGCGAUUUGAUAACCAAAAACAAACUGUUCAACAACCGCUACAUGCUGCGGCGUCUGACCAACCGGCAGGACAGCAUGAACUCCACCUCGUCGGGCAAUAGCAAUGUCAGCGACAGGAGCAGUGCCUCCAGUUCCAGCUCGAGUGCCGGCGAGGAGCUGCUCAACAAUAAUAACAGCAGCAGCAGCAGCAGCAGCAGCAGCGACACAAAGCAAAGGAGCAGCGGCAGCAGCCACAGCGAGAAGAGUGAGGCUUCAUCCACAUCCCCGGCAUUGCCGCUGUUUUGCUUGGGCAACUCUUUUCCGCAUAUCGAUAGCGACGAGGAGCCCAGCGAUGGAGUCAGCGGUAGACCAGCUGAAAGAUCUAUGGAGACCUGCGAAACGGAACUGCUGCCGCCCAGCUCCAUCGGUGAGCUGCCCGAGAAACUGCUGACCAGCGGCGUCUAUCUGCCAGGCACACGCACCCUCCAAGGCGACCCACUUGUGAGCGUGGAUGCGGCCUGUGUGGCGGCCGCCGGCCUCAAUUGCUACGAGAUUGCCACACUGCUGCUCUACUACAGCACCAUUCCGGAGCGUAGCACUCCGCCUGCUGCGCCCCAAGCAGCAGGAACAAGCGCAACAAUCAAUGGCCAUAAAAGUGCGGAGCAGCAGCGACAACAACAACCCGCCCAGCAGCAAACAUUUACCAUUUUAAUUGCCAUCGAGAAGUCGCAGCAUUUGUGCGUAAUCGAAUUAAUUUGCCAAAGUCUCAGGCUCCUAAGCAAGCAGAUUGGCAAUUGUGAAAUUUUGGUCGUUUCCAGCGAUACAAAUUUGCUGCAAUUGUGCAACGAGAAGCAGCAGCAAGAGAACUCCACCUCCUCCUGCUCCAACAACAAUGAUCAAACGGAGCCGGCAUCGCCAGCGCAUUUGGUUAAAUUCAUUAGCGUCGAGCAAGUCACGACAAGUGUUGCGCCAUCACAGCUACCCAGCGGACUGCUGCCAUCGCUGCCUGCCGCACAGCCGCAGAGCCAGAGCCAGCCCCAGCCCCAGCCCCAUCACGACGCGGGCAAGUGGCGCGAGUUCUUCGCCCAACUGGAGGCGUUCCAGCGGCAGUGCUCGGCCGCCGGCGGGCGCUUGGUGGGCGCCCUCAGCGAUAUACGCGCCGCGGAUCUGCAGGGCCUGCCAACGCGCCGACAGCUGUACGGCCAGCAUCGGGCCCUGAGUCGUGCCCUGAUGGACUCGCAGCUGCACAGCCUGCGCAAGCUGGGUGCCUCGCAGCUCUCGCGCCUGCAGGAGCUGGCCCGGGGCAUCACCUCUGCCCCGGCGAGUGCCGGCAGCAGCGCAACACCGCGCGCCGCCGCGAGCCUGACGGUGCUCAACGCGGAUGCCGCCAGCAAGCUGCGCAAGGUGACGCUGCUCUUCAACGAGGUGGACCGCGCCGCCCAGCGGCUGGAGCAACUGACCGAACAGCGGCGCGAACGACUGCGCCAGCUGACCAGGCAGCGUGCCAUGGAGGAUGAAAUGAAUGAGGUCACCUCUUGGCUCGGCAGCGAUGGUGCGGAGAAUUUGCAAAAGUUUUCGCAACUUCAGUGGGAGAACGAGACCCAGCUGAAGGCCCAGGAGCAGGAGUUUGAGAAGUAUUACUUCAUAGCAAUGAAACAUCUGGCCAAGGGGCGCGACCUGCACGCAGCGGCCAUCAAGGUGUCCGUGCUGAGCGAGAGCGCCGCCAGCCUGAAGACCGCGUUGGAUCAGUUUGCCCAGAAGCUGGAGCUCACCCACGAGCGUUUCGAGGCUGCCGCUCGACUGCUGCAUCUGCUCACGCAGCAUCAGCGCGAGGUGGCCGCCCACGAGGAGCUGCAGCGCCUGGCCGAGCAGCUGGGCGCCACGCCGCUGCUGGAGAAGCACUGGCCGGCCAUGAGGAAGAGCAACACGCUGCCCGCGGCGGGCAGCACGCCAGCGGCGACGACCAGCAAGCGUGGCAGCUAUCGCUGCAGUUCGGGCAGCGGCAGCUCCUUUGAGGGCAUGCCCGGCGGCAGCUGCAGCUGCUGGCGCGAGAGCCGACACCUGGAGGACAUGGACGAGCCGGAUGAGGAGGAGCAGGGCAACGAUUGCGACAACGACAACGACGCCGACGCCGAUGGCGAGGAGCAGCAGUCGAAGAUUGCCGACUCCGGAGUGGGUGUCUGCGACAAUUGUGAGCGCAACCCGAAGCUGGCGCGCAUCUGCUCCUGCCAGAGUCUCAACGAGAAGAGUCACGACGAGCUGCUCGAGGAUGAGUGCUUUGAGCGUCCGUCGAAGCGCUACAUGGACAUGCACUCGCCCAUGGAGGCGAAUGCCCACUUGCAGUGCCAUGGCUCCAGUCUGGAGCUGCCCAAGCUGGAGGAGCUCAGCUGCCUGGAUCCCAAAAUACAAAAAACGCUUCUAUUGAUCAUGCGCGAAAUGAUUGGUACCGAACGCGACUACGUGCGCUCCCUGUACUACGUGAUCGAGAACUACAUCGACGAGCUGCUGCGCGAGGACAUACCACAGCCACUGCGUGGCCAGCGGAAUGUGAUCUUCGGCAACAUUGAGAAGAUCUUCGAGUUCCACAACUCGCACUUCCUCGGCGAACUGGAGCGGUACGAGCGCAAUCCGCUCAAAGUGGGCGCCGCCUUCCUGGAGAUGGAGUCCAAGUUCUAUCUGUACGCGCUGUACAACAAGAACAAGCCCAAGAGCGACACGCUGCUGAGCGAGUACGGCAGCUCGUUCUUCAAGCCCAAGCAGCUGCAGCUGCAGGACAAGCUGGAUCUGGCCUCGUAUCUGCUGAAGCCGGUGCAGCGCAUGGGCAAGUACGCGCUGCUGCUGCAGCAGCUGGUGAAGGCCUGCCGCAGCGUGGAGGGCGCGGCACUGCAGGAGAUCGCCGCCGAUGUGGAGGAGCUGCAGCGUGCCGAGGAGAUGGUCAAGUUUCAGCUGCGACACGGCAACGAUCUGCUGGCCAUGGACUCGCUGCGCGACUGCGACGUGAAUGUCAAGGAGCAGGGCCGACUGCUGCGCCAGAACGAGUUCCUCGUGUGGCAGGGGCGCGGUGGCAAGAAGACGCUGCGCCAGGUAUUCCUCUUCGAGGAGCUGGUGCUGUUCAGCAAGGCGCGCCGCUUCCCAGACCACAAGAAUCUGGACAUUUACAUCUACAAGAACAGCAUCAAGACUUCGGAUAUUGGCCUGACGGCGCACACGGGCGACUCGGCGACCAAAUUCGAGAUUUGGUUCAGGAAGCGAAAGCCGGACGACACUUAUAUGCUGCAGUGCAUGUCGGAGGAUAUCAAGAACGCCUGGACCGAGGAGAUCUCCAAGCUGCUCUGGAAGCAGGCGAAACGAAACAGAGAAAUUCGUCUGGCGGAGAUGUCCUCGAUGGGCAUUGGCAGCAAACCCUGCCUGGAUAUACGUCCGAGCAACAAUCAGAUCAGCGAUCGCUCCAUACCUCUGGCACAGCUGAACAAGACACCCAAGUUGCGGCACACGGAGCCCGGCAAGGGCAGCAUGCGGCGCCCCAACUCACUGAUAUCGGAGAGCUCGCUGUCCAGCGGCACUAGCACCACCAGCGGCUCCUCCAUCAGCGGCGGCUCAUCGUCGGGCCAUGGGGCGCACGAGAGCGGGCGGCACAGUCUGCACUUUGGCAAGCUGCCAGGCGGCCACAGCAACAACAACAGCAGCAGCAGCCACAGCAAUGCCACGCUGGAGCUGAUCAAUGAGACGCAGGCACUAAAGCUGAGCAAGGGCUGCGGCAGUGUCAGUCACAAGAGCCAAGAGCCCGCCUCUGAGGGCAGAAGCAACGAACAGCACGGGACACACGGAAGCAAACGUCAUCCCAAGCGAUCGACGACAAUUGUCAGCCAGCUGUCCAUGGAGAGCGGCAUUGUCUCAGACAUGUGCGUCACACCGGACCAGGAGCACGCGGCCGAGCAGUUGGCCGGCAUCGGCAACAGGGGCAGCUGGUCAACAUCCACCGCAUCGGCAACGGCAUCCACGGCGAGCGCCUCGACGGUGAUACUGCGGCGCUACAAGUCGUAUGCGCAUGCGGCAGAGUCCGCUGCCCCGGAGAGCAGUAAAUAGGUUCUCGGCCAGGCCAGGCCCUGGACGAUUUAUAGCUUUAGCAGAGGAAAGGUUUCAUCGGAUCCAGAUAUAAUAUACGAUACGAUACGAUACGUUACGUUAACCAUUAAUCAUUAUUAUUAUUAUUUUUUACUUCAUUAUUUUUGUUAUUUAUUAUUUAUUACAUUAUUACAUUUUAGUUGUGUUAAUUUGUCAUAAUUAAUCCCUAUUCCGAAUUGGAUUUGAUUUCAUUUGAUUUGAUUUGCCCUCAGAGGUGCGCAUUCUUUAUUCUCGUUUCGGAAACUAAUUGAAAUUAUUGAAUUCAAUGUGUCAAUAUCGAAAUAUAUAUAUUUCAUAGCCUUAGAUAUUCACCAAUACAAUCGAACGCAUUUGCACACACACAUUCACAAACAUAAACUGAAACAGAUAACGGGGCGGCGGCGUGUAGUGCCCCCACCCCCACAUAUCGAAAGCGACGAACAGAGAGAGAGAGAGAUGAUCAUUACGUACAGUUAGUGUGUAAUGUAAAACUAAGUGCCUACCAUUAGAGUAACUUAAACGAAAACAUAUUCAUAAUUCUAUUAUUAUAAACUAGAUGCAAUAAGCAGAAACUUAAAUUCAAUAAACGUUGCUUCAAGUGUAAA